CCCUCCCCAUAUCGCAUCCGUACAGAAACAAUCAAGUCGCCUUCUAGUUAUGCCACCUGUCCUCUGAAACUAGUGAAAAUCGUCCCCCAUUUCGUUCCAUAGCUCCCGCGGCAUGUGUACCUUCUCGUUUCCUCAUCCAAAUCCAAAAUUAGAAGAAAUUCAUCUAUAAACUCCCCGAUGAUACCAAACGGCUCACGAAAGCGUCAGCGCGUGCCCCACCACCACAACUCUGCCAUGCGCAUCUUCUCCACCGCCGCAAUCUUCGAAACCUUCCCCGACAAAAGCAUCUCUGAAUCCUCCGAAAAUCUUCGCUGUACCUCGUUGUUGUCCACCAUAUCCUCCGCCAAAGCCAUCACCACCAUUCCCAACACCAUUACCUCCUCGUUCAACGACCCCUCCACCGCUGAUGUCGUCCUUCGCCUCUUCGUCGACCAUUCCCUCGUUCCUUACUCCACCCCUUUGGAUUCCUCCGAUCAAUCCGACAUCCAGAUCUAUCUCCACUCCCGCGUCAUCGGCCGCGCCAAGUAUUUCGCGGCGCUUUUAUCUGACCGUUGGCAACACCAAACAAACGCCGACACAAAUAGCAACAAUGCCGCCGCAGAUUCCAGAAAUAACCUAGUUUAUUUAAACCUUGGCGUUAUCGACGAUCAAAACUCCAUAACCGUCCAUUUAACCGUCCUUCAACUACUUUACACGAACGAUUUCGCUACCGUCAUCGACUCAGCCUCCACCGCACUCGAAAUCCUCCCCGUGGCUCUGGAAUUACUCUUCGAAGAUUGCGUAAAAUCAUGCGUGCAAUUCUUGGAAGCCGUGCCAUGGAGUGAUGAGGAGGAGAAGAGGGUUUUAAGGUUGAUCCCUUUAUUGCGUGAGGAAGAAUCAAAGGAACUUCUCGCCAGAGUUUCACCGGGGAAAGAUGAUUCUUGUGAAGAAAUGUUGCACGGCUUGAUUAUAGCGGCGAUUCAUAACCAUCCCAAUAUGGCGUUUGUUAAGGCAUUUGUCGCUAAGCUUCUGAGGGAUUUUCCCUUGCGGGAAUCUGCAAGGAGGGUUUUGGAGAGGGCAUUCGAGGUGAGUUUGAAGAUUGUGAAGGAGAGUUUGGAGGAGUAUUCGAGCCCUGAUUUUAGAGGGGAUCAUAAUGAGACGGAGGCGAUACAGAGGUUGAAUUUGCAUACGGCGAUGACUAAUGGGAGGCAUUUGUUGUGGUUGGUGGAGAGGAUGAUUGAGUUGAGGGUGGCAGAUACGGCUGUGAAGGAAUGGAGUGAGCAGGCUACAUUUACAGCGGAUUUGCAGAGAGCGUUUAGGGAUGAUGCUUGGAGGAAUAUUGUUCCGGGACUCCCUGCUGUCGUUCUCCGGUGUACUUGUAAGCUCGCCAAUGCAGUUGCUGCCGGAACAAUAUUGGCUGCUAAACAGGUUAGAAUGAAGCUUGUCAAAGACUGGCUUCCUGUUCUGAUAGUGUGUAAAGACAAUGUCUCAACUAUGCUGCCUAGUCAUAAAACGCUGUACCUGGAAUUAGAGGAGACAUUCCUGAGAAUCAUCUCAACACUACCAAUGUCAGAUGCACAAGUGUUGUUGCAGCAAUGUCUCAGCUUCUCAACCAGAAAUGUUGAAGAUUGCCCCCACUUGGUCACAGCUUUCAAUACUUGGUUUCGCAGGGCAACACAACCUCCUCAACUGGAAAAUCUUGAUUAGAAAAAAGAGUGGUAUUUGCGUAUGGUGGUGGUAGGUGGAUAGUCACCCCUUCAGUGCUGCUUUGGUCAUGGAGGUUUAGUUUCUCUGUUGACUUGUGUUCAUAUAAUAAGCUGAUCUCAUAUGUCAAAUCUCUUUUAAAUAUUUUCUAAGAAAAUAAAAAUUAAUCGUGUAAAUGCGGGUCAAAAAGAUGGGUGGGCGGGUGACUUAUCCGUAUAUUCUGGUUUGGUCUCUAAUUGAGAAAGAAAAUUCAAAACUUUUCUAGUUUUGUUCUGUUGGACUUUAAAAAUCUCUAAUUUUCUUGAUUUAUCUAAUAGCAAGUCCAUUAUUGGCAC